AUGGGUGAAUGGGAGGAGACCCCAAAAUGUUGGAAUUGGAAUUCUGUGAGCAAGGUGACAAUGUCGAUUGCCAUGCGUUGCAAUGGCGUUUUAAGAAUAAAUAUUGUUGAAAGGUCUCAAGUUGGCUCUACAUCAGCAGCACCACCCCCACCCACUGACCCACCACUUCCACAGCCGCCAGCCGAUGAAUCUUCAAUACAACAUGAGGGCAUGGGUGAUCAUUGUAUGGAUAUGUAUGAUCCUGAUAGUGAUUACAAAGAGUGUGAUAGAGAUGAUGGGGGUGAUGGGCAGCCACCAAGUGGUUCACAAAGCAACCACAACUUCAAUGAUGGAACCAAUUUUUACUAUGGGCAAACAUUUGAGAACAAAGAGUAUUUAAAGGUUUUAUUGAAGAAAGCUGCAAUAAAGACCCCAUUUUGUUUUAACCCAAACAAGAGUAACAACAAAUAUUAUAAGGUGGAAUGCACCUCUCCUAAUUGUGGUUGGAUGUUGCGGGUCAAUAAGUACAUCAACUCGGAUAGGUUUCGCAUUUACAAGUACGUUGGUGAUCACACUUGCGGGGUUGAACACGUUACGAGCACUCAUAAGCGCACCUCGGCAGUUGUCCUUACAUCAGUCUUGAUGAAUGACUAUAUUUACAACAAAGGGCCAACGACAAAGGAAAUCCAGAGGACGGUUUUCAGGGAGUUCCAUUAUAAACCAAGCUAUUGGCAGUGUUGGAAGGCAGGUGUAACAGCUAAGAACAUGGUUAGGGGGACACCGGAGCACGAGUAUGCUUUCUUACCGGCUUAUUCGUACAUGGUUGAAAAUCUAAAUCCAGGUUCCAGAAUUUGCAUUAGUCUUGAUGAUGCGAACAAGUUCAAAUAUUACUUCGUAGCUUACGAAGCUUGCAUUCGAGGAUAUAAACACAUGUGA